AAACCAUCAUGUAUGAAAGGUGGUUUUUCACUUUAUAAAUAACCCUUCUUUAGCCCCUUUGCUUUCAUUUUCUGAUAUCUCUUUAUACUACUACAUCUUAAUAUUAUUUUUUUCUCUCCAUUUUGUUACCUCACCAGCUUGCAACAAUGAGUUUUCCAAACCAAUCCAUGCCAGAUUCUCCCCAAAGAAAUUCAGCUUUGAAGAGUGGAAGGGGAAAGAUUGAGAUCAAGCGAAUCGAAAACACAACAAAUCGCCAAGUUACUUUUUGUAAGCGUCGAAAUGGCUUGCUUAAGAAGGCAUAUGAACUAUCUGUGCUUUGUGAUGCUGAAGUUGCUCUUAUUGUCUUCUCGACCCGCGGCCGUCUCUAUGAAUAUGCAAAUAACAGUGUGAAAGCAUCUAUUGAGAGGUACAAGAAAGCAUGUUCAGAUACUUCUGGUGCUAAAUCAGCUUCUGAGUCUAAUGUUCAGUUUUACCAGCAAGAAUCUGCCAAACUGCGAGUCCAAAUCAGUAAUUUGCAGAAUCACAACAGGCAAAUGAUGGGUGAAGCUUUGAGCAAUAUGAAUGGUAAGGAUCUCAAAAACCUUGAGGCUAAAUUAGAGAAAGGAAUUAGCCGAGUUCGCUCCAAGAAGAAUGAAAUGCUGUUUGCAGAACUUGAGUACAUGCAGAAGAGGGAGAUAGAGUUGCAUAAUAGCAACCAAGUUCUUAGAGCAAAGAUAUCAGAAAGUGAGAGGAGCAACCAUAAUGUCAAUGUGUUUCCUGGAGGCACAAACUUUGAAUGUAUGCAUGCUCAGCAGCAGCAGCAGCAGUUUGACUCUCGCGGCUACUUCCAAGUGAAUGAAUUACAACCAAAUGAUCAGUAUGCUAGGCAAGACCAGAUGUCUCUUCAAUUUGUUUGAUGUGUUCGCGGCGCGCUUGAGAAGGGAAAGACUUAGAUUUUCUGUUAUGCCUAAAGAAAAUAUAAGCAGAACUAUAUAUGUGAAUGGGAUCUAUCUAUCUAUCUAGUGGCUUUGUAGACUUUCAUAAGCUUAAUUAAUUACUCGUUAUCUUUUAUGAAAGCUUCUAUGAUCUAUUUAGCAUGUGUACUAAUUAAGACACUAAGUAUGGAGAUUACACAUUAAUUA